AAAAAAAAUCUAAUUCUUAUAUGUGAUUUAAAAAAAAGCAGUUCCUUAUGGAAAUUGGGCCUGUGUCUUUAAGAAUAUGUCCCAAACUGCCUUUUAGGCCGAAGUACGCCUGCAGGUAUUACUGUACUGUAUCGGCGAAUUCGCUCAGUAUGCGCACUCCACUAUGCAUCAGUACCACGUUAUCGAUUCGAAUCGCAUGUAAAUUCUAACGCGUUUCAUAUCUAAUCCAGGCCACGCUUCACGGCCGGGUCCACCUGAAACGGGAAACUCGCUUUGAUGAAAGGAAGCAAAGCGCAAGACAGGAGACAGCUGUGCUGUUAAUGAACACUUUCGCGAGUCAGUGCCGGGAGAGGUGCUGCUGUGCUGUGAGGCAUUAGACAUGAUCGGGAUGCUGAGCAGGAGCAUACGAGCCGGCGCCACGCACACACAGCGUCUCUGCGCUCUAAACUGGACGACAUUGAGAAACAAAAAGCUCGUCCGUGGAUACGUUGUCCCACCGGCAACUCUGCACUUACUUGAAGACUGUCUGGAACUCCACUACAGAGGAAGUCGGAUGCAUUUGGACUACGUCUGGUUGAGGGAUCACUGCCGCUCUGACUCGUCGUUCAACUUCAAAACAAACCAGAGAAAUUUGGACACCGGAAGUAUUGACCUCAACAUUCGCCCCGAUCACACCAAAUUGGAAGAUGACCACCUCAUCAUCACUUGGCCCGGUGGUCAUACAUCUAAUUACAGCCUUUGCUGGCUAGCUGAGAACAGUUACGAGGGGAAGAAGCAGAGCACCAUACAGCCGCGCAUUCUUUGGAACGCAGACAUCUAUAAUAACUCCCACGUUGCCUCCUCCAAAUGGGACACAUUCAUGAGCAGCGAUGAUGAACUAAAGAUGUUUCUGCAGAACUAUCUUCUCUAUGGGAUCGCUUUCGUAGACGAUGUCCCUGCUACAGUUGAAGCCACGGAGGCCGUGACUCAGAGGGUUAGUUUAAUCAGGGAGACGACAUAUGGAAGAAUGUGGUGCUUCACUUCUGAUUUCUCCAGAGGAGACACUGCCUACAGCCAGCUGGGUCUUGACCGCCACACUGACACAACUUACUUUCAUGAACCAUGUGGAAUUCAGGUUUUUCACUGUCUAAAGCAUGAGGGUACCGGAGGAAGGAAUCUGCUUGUUGAUGGUUUCUAUGCAGCUGAAACCGUUCGUCUGCAAUCACCAGAACAUUUUGACCUGCUUUCGCAUGUUCCAAUCAGACACGAAUUUGUCGAAAGCGAUGACGGCCACCAUAACCACAUGAUAGGCAUUGGCCCCAUUCUCAAUACCUAUCCUUGGAAUAAUGAAGUUUACUUGAUUCGAUACAACAACUAUGACCGAUCCGUAAUAAACACGAUACCUCACAACGUUGUUCGCCGCUGGUAUGUUGCUCAUCGACAGUUGACCAUGGAACUCAGGCGACCAGAGAAUGAGCUGUGGAUCAAACUCACUCCAGGAAAAGUGAUUUUUAUUGACAACUGGAGGGUCAUGCAUGGCAGGGAGGCUUUCACCGGCGUAAGGCAACUCUGUGGAUGCUAUCUGAGCAGAGAUGACGUUCUAAGCAAGGCACGGGGUUUCGGGCUUCAGGCAUGAAGCCAGUCUAAGAGAGCCCCUUAAGCACUUUUCAUCUCGUGAAGUAGGUUUAAAGCUUCCAGGCAUUAAUUGAUCUGUUAAAUAAAAUCAUUAAUUACACUGCUUCGUAAUUUAUAUCGAUGAAUUAAGUAGACAGUUGCGACAUGAAACCUACACAGGCCAGUGUGGGCUAAUCCUCCAUGACAAUCACGUUAAUAAUUUCUAUUUCGUUAAAACAGAUUUUUUGAUACUUACAUAUACAUACACACGAAUAUAAUUGAGUGUCCUUUGUGUGUGUGAAGUGUUGACAGCAAACAGUUUCAAUUGGGGACAUUUGCAUGCAGAAGACAGCACACGGCACAAAGAUGCAGUCACAGCGCUACUCUUAUUUCCAUCAGUGGCUUUGAAGAGACUGCUGUAAUCGUAACCAUAGAAACAGCUGAGCAUACUGAGGCCUGCUUUGUUGUCCUGGUAAUUCAGUGAAUGAGAGCAGUCUAUCAUCAGGCCGUGCAAGGUGGCCAUUUCGAUCAAGAAGUGCAUGUGAUGAUGUCGCCUUUAGGGGAAAAUGUAUUUGAAGGAAUUCAGAAUUCAGAUUUCACACACAAUAAUUGAAACUACUGUGUGGUGAUUAAAAAAAAGUGGUUAAGGGCAAUUGACUGCAAAUGUAAAUAUUCAAAUCGGAUUUCAAACAGACUGAGCAAUGCGUUACCUAUUGCUUCAGAACAAAAACGGUAGUUAAAAUAUAACAAAAGAG